AUGGGACAGACUGUGACUACCCCUCUUUCCCUCAUGAAGGACCAUUUCAAAAAGGCAGAAAGAAAUGACCCGGCCCCAGCCGGAGCUGGGGAAGGAGGGUCGGCCCCAGGUGCCAGCAGCCAUGAUGGCCCCUCCCAGAAUACUCGCCACUGGCGUGCCGCCUCUCCGGCAGGCCCGGUGGACUCUACUGUUUGUCUGCUGAGAGCGAUAGGGCCCCCUGAUGAACAUGGUAACCAGCCUCAUCAUUACUGGCCCUUUGCCACUAGUGACCUCUAUAACUGGUGUAUUCAGCAUGCCAAAUUCUCUGAUAACCCUAGGGAUUUGAUUAACCUGUUAGAAACUGUCUUGUUCACUCAUCAGCCCACUUGGGAUGAUUGUCAGCAACUCCUCCAGAUCCUGUUUACCACAGAGGAGUGGGAGAGAAUCCAAAACAAGGCCAGGAAAUUGGUUCCUGGCGAUAAUGGUCAACCCACCAUCAAUGUUGACACUAUUAAUAUCUCAUUCCCUUUGUCUCGGCCUGACUGGGACUUCAACACAGCAGAAGGUAAGGAGAGGCUCUGGGUCUAUCGCCAGGCUCUGUUGGGAGGUCUCAAAGCGGCAGCUUGCAAGCCCACCAAUUUGACCAAGGUAGGGGAUAUACAACAGGGGCCAAAUGAAAGCCCUGCAGCCUUCCUAGAAAGAAUUCAGGAAGCCUUCCGUAGGUAUACUCCUAUGGACCCGGAAGCAACUGAGACAAAGGCAGCUGUAAUAAUACAUUUUGUCAACCAGGCAGCACUAGAUAUUAAAAGAAAGUUACAGAAAGUAGAUAGGUUGGGAGAAAAAAGUAUUCAGGACUUAGUGGCAGUGGCAGAGAAGGUAUAUAACAACAGGGAAACCACAGAGGAGAAACAGAUAAAAACAGAUGACCGCCAGACCCGAAACUUAGCUUGAAUUCUUCUGGCCAACUCUGCAGGAGAGCUGAAGGAGUGUGAACGUCGUUUAAGAAAGAUUGCGGCAGAAGGACAAGGUAAGGGGGGAUGUAGGGAUUGCCCCCGAAUGGGAAAGAACCAGUGCACUUAUUGCAGAGAGGAAGGCUACUAGGCUAAAGAGUGCCCCAAAAGGCCAAAGGGGGACCACCCAAAGACCUCCGUCUUGACCAUGGACGAACUGAGUGACUAGGGGGGAUGGGGCUCAGCGCCCCUCCCCGAGCCCAGGGUAACCCUUAAAGUGGAGGGGGAGCCCGUUGAGUUCCUGAUAGAUACCGGUGCCCAACAUUCAGUUCUGCUUGAACCACAUGGCCAUGUUUCUGACAAAACUUCCUGGGUUCAAGGAGCUACAGGCAUGAAAAAAUAUUCAUGGACUACCCAAAGAACGGUGGAUUUGGGAGUGGGCCGGGUAACCCACUCAUUUAUGAUUAUACCUGACUGCCCUUACCCUUUACUUGGAAGAGACUUGCUCACUAAAUUAGAAGCCCAAAUCCAUUUUCAGCCUGGGGGUGCAAAGGUCUUUAACCAAGAGGGAAAGCCCAUCCAAGUGUUAACCAUGAGCCUUGAAGAUGAAUAUCUGUUACAUCAAGAACAGCCCCCUCCUGAUCCUGACAUGGAACAAUGGCUUGCCAUGUUCCCACGAGCAUGGGCAGAGACUGGGGGCAUGGGACUAGCUGCGCACCAGGCACCUGUGUUUGUAGAGAUAAAGCCAGGAGCGGACCCUGUGUGAGUUCACCAAUAUCCCAUGUCCCUAGAAGCCCACAAGGGAAUAUCUCCACACAUCAGGAGGUUGCUUGCCCAAGGUAUCCUAAGGCCCUGUCAGUCAGCCUGGAACACCCCCUUGUUGCUGGUGUGAAAACCUCACUCAAAUGACUAUUGACCAGUACAGAACCUCCGUGAGGUGAACAGGAGAGUCAUGGAUAUUCACCCUACAGUGCCUAAUCCAUACACCCUUCUGAGUUCUCUUCCCCCAAGCCAUCAAUGGUACACGGUCUUGGAUCUCAAAGAUGCCUUCUUUAGCCUUCCACUGGCACCCAAGAGCCAGCAUAUCUUUGCAUUUGAAUGGAGUGACCAGGAACAAGGCCUUAAUGGGCAGUUAACUUGGACCCGAUUGCCUCAGGGGUUCAAAAAUUCUCCCACCAUCUUCGACGAGGCCCUACAUGAAGAUCUGGAUGAGUUCCAUCUCCAAAAUCCCCAAUUGACUCUGUUACAAUAUGUAGAUGAUCUCCUCAUAGCAGCCGAGACACAAGAGGAUUGCCUAGAUGGAACCAAGAAGCUCUUAACGGUCAUAGGGGCUGGAUACCGGGUGUCUGCCAAAAAGGCCCAAAUCUACAAACCUGAGGUAAGCUACCUGGGGUAUAUGCUUAAAAAGGGGCAAAGAUGGCUGUCAGAUGCUAGAAAAGAGACAGUUCUUAAGAUACCCGCACCAGAUUCCCCUCGAAAAGUUAGAGAAUUCGUGGGAUCAGCUGGCUUCUGCCGCUUAUGGAUACCAGGGUUCGCGGAUCUUGCGAGGCCCCUUUAUGAGGCAACUAAAGACAAUCAGGCUUUUCAAUGGACAAAUAAAUUACAAAAGUCCUUCGACCAAAUUAAGGCUGCUUUGUUGUCAGCACCAGCCUUGGGCUUGCCCGACAUAACUAAGCCCUUUCACCUUUACAUUGAUGAGAACAAAGGGGUUGCCAAGGGCAUCCUAGUCCAAUAUCUGGGCCCAUGGCGCCAACCAGUAGCAUACCUGUCCAAGAAACUUGAUCCUGUUGUGGCUGGAUGGCCCCCAUGUCUGAGAAUGAUCACCGCAGUGGCCCUAAUGGUCAAAGAUGCUGACAAGUUGGCCUUGGGCCAAGAGCUGUAUGUGACCACCCCCCACGCCAUUGAAGGGGUUCUAAAACAGCCUCCAGAUAGGUGGCUCAGCAAUGCCCCCCUCACCCACUAUCAGGGCCUACUCUUAAACCCGACCCGAGUUGUCUUCCAGACCCCAGCCAUCUUAAACCCGGCUACGUUACUGCCUGACCCAGAUCUGGAAGCCCCACUGCAUGACUGUGCUGGCAUCUUGGCUCAGGUACAUGGGACCCAAGAGGACCUGAAGGACCAACCGUGGCCAGAUGCUGAAGACACCCAGUACACCGAUGGGAGCAGUUUUGUCCAGAAUGGCCAGAGGUAUGCGGGGGCGACUGUGGUCACUGAGACUGAGGUCAUUUGGGCUGAGCCCUUGCCCACUGGAAUGUCAGCACAGCGAGUGGAGCUCAUAGCGCUAACCAAGGCACUAACUUUGGGAAAAGACCAGAGGCUAAAUGUGUACACAGACAGCAGGUACACUUUUGCCACUGCUCACAUACAUGGGGCCAUAUACAGGGAAAAAGGACUGUUAACGGCUGAAGGAAAGACUAUUAAAAACAAAGAGGAGAUUCUCGCCCUACUGGCGGCCCUGUGGCUACCAAAGAAAUUGGCUAUUAUCCACUGUCCCGGGCACCAAAAAAAUGAUACUCCAAUUGCCUGAGGAAAUAAUUUGGCCGACCAGACAGCUCGAAAAAUAGCCCUAGAGGCUAAUCUGAUGCUGACCACUCAACUACCCGAUCCAGGGGGCGCUGCUCUGCCAGAAAAACCUCAGUACACUGAGGCAGACUUGAAAUGGAUAAAACAAUUACCUAUGCCCCAAUGCCUCAAUGGGUGGUGGAGAUCCUCUGAUUGUAAGGUCAUCCUGCCUGAAACACUGGGAGAGCAAGUUCUCUCCAAAAUGCACCGGGCCACCCACAUGGGCACUCGAAUAAUGCAAGACCUCUUGAGACACACUGGAAUCAAGGUCCGGGAUGCUAACUCCAAAAUAGAACACAUUGUCACUACUUGUAAGGCCUGCCAACUGACCAAUGCCACUUCAAAUAAGGCUAACCCUGGCAAUAGGCUGAGAGGAAACUGACCUGGAACAUACUGGGAGUUGGACUUCACUGAGGUAAAACCUGGAAGGUAUGGUUAUAAGUACCUGCUAGUUUUUGUAGACACUUUUUCAGGAUGGACAGAAGCUUUUCCUACCAAACAUGAGAUGGCACAGAUUGUAGCCAAGAAACUGCUAGAAGACAUCUUGCCAAGGGUACGUAAUUCUCCCUAUAAACUAGGGAUGACACCCUUCGAAAUUAUGUUUGGAGUGCCCCCUCCCAUUAUCCCUAACCUCCAGUCAAAAGUGCUGAUUGAAUCUGAAUUUGAUGAUCAAAAAUUGUUGUUUUCCUUGCACAAUCUCCAGUGUGUUCACGAAGACAUAUGGCCCCAACUAAAAGCCCUAUAUGAGUCUGGACCGCCUCCUGAGCCCCACCGCUUCCGACCAGGAGACUGGGUCUUUGUCCAACGACAUCGGUAG